UCUUUUAUAUAAACUGCUAAGCACAUAGCAAAAUUAAAUCAUGUCAAUUAGAGGAGGAAUCUGUGAUGCUCGUUGUCAAGCAUUUUACACUGCAAUGAUACAAAAAGAAGAAAAUACACGUAUCAGAUGGUUUCUGAAGAACCAACAGAAAUUAUUAGAUCAUUUGGAGAAAACGAAAGAGAUUAAAUUGCCGCCGAAACAUAUACCAAAGAAACAACCAAUCAUGGACAUCAUACGUUUAAAACCCUUACCAAAUUGGAGACCUCUCGAAUGUGAUGGUUCUAUUAAUAUGAACAUAAUGAAACCCAUUGAUCCGCAAGUACGAGCCAUUUUAUACGAAGAUGCCCCAAGUUUUAUCAAUGCUGAAAAUUAUAUUUAUGAAAGAGUAAAAGAUAUUCCAGAAAAUCGCUAUUACUAUCCGGAUUGCGCGAAUUGGAUAUACGGAUGGCGCCUAACAGAUUAUUCAUCUAUUCCACGAAAUGAAGUUGGAAAAACCAAUGUUAUGAUUCGUGAAUUUUAUCGUCCAAGAAUAUCAAGUCUUCAAAGAGAUCCAGAAUGGUAUCGCCCUUCGAGAAGAAUAACAUUUGUAUACGAUGAUGAAAUUAAUUAGUACUCUAUUAGACGGAAAUUGAAUCAGUGUUUUACCUAAUAUAUUCUGAUGCACAAAUGCCUUUACGAUUUGAUGAUCUGUCGGCGGUAUGAAUCUACAUUCGGAUAAUUGACGCUCAGAUGGAAUUGAGAAACAUGCUUUUGAUGUUUUUAAUGGUGUUAGUACGUCCAAUAGUUUUAUCGUAUCAUGAUGAGUAUAAUCAAAAAACACCUGUGCCAAGGAAGGACCAAGGCAAGCGCGAAUUACCGACGAUGGUGGAACAUCGUUGUUCGAACAUAGUUUUACAUUACAUUUUGGACUUGUUUGAUCUGCAACAAUGUCAUUUUCUUCCAGCUAUUUAAAGAUAAUAAUAAAAACGUAACAUAUAUUUGUAAUGUUCCAACUUACGCAUAUUCUCUUGUGUUUUGGAAUAUGUUAUAAUACACGAGAAAUUUUGCAAUGAGAUUAUUUUUGUAACCUUUGGAAACUGAUACUUUUGACUGAAUAACAAAUGAUUAAUGAAAUAAAGAAACGAGAAAAACAGCAGUUUAUCUAAAAUGGAAAUAUCAUAAAAUUUAAAUCAUUCGAUGAUUAACUAAUAUGUGUAUAUUGUUUAUGAUAAUAAAAUUAUAAAAAAAUACAAUUUACGCCAUAAUAUCGUGUCUGACUUUUAAGAUAAAAAUAUAAUGUUAAAGGAUGAAAAAGGUAAUGUAAUUAAAAUGAAAAAUUGUAAUGUUUUUAAUUAAUAAAGAGCUUUGUCUU